AUGGACGGCAGGGACUUCGAGGCCGACGCGCUGGAGGCGCGCGGGUGGCCCAUGGGGUACUCGGCGUACAAGGUGGCCAAGGCCGCCAUGAACGCCUACUCCAGGUUGCUAGCGAGGAGGUACCCCGCACUGCGCGUCAACUGCACGCAUCCAGGCUACGUCAAGACGGACAUAACCAUGAACUCGGGCAUCUUGACGCCCGAGGAGGGCGCGCGUAACGUGGUGAAGGUGGCGCUGCUGCCGGAGGGCGGGCCGACGGGCAAGUUCUUCGCCGAGGGCGAGGAGGCAUCGUUCGUGUGA